AUGGAUGAAGAUUACCAUCACCCAACUGGUUAUUAUCCAAAUCGACAAAUAUAUUAUUCAACACCUGCUUAUACAUACAGGUAAUCCUAUUUUAUUCAAAAAAAAAAAUCUCGAACAUGGAAAUCUCGUAAAUCAGUCAUCCGAAAACUAUCAUAAAAAUUUUUGAGGUUAACAACUUUCACCUACAUUCAUUCUUUGAUUGUUUCCAGAAAUCCCUACUAUAUAAAUCGACCAUAUAUUGAAGAAGAUCCCCCAUAUUUUUCGGAUUAUUAUCCAAAAUUAUUUGGGAAAAAGUAGUUAUGCGAGAGAUUAUGGAAAAAAGUUGGAUAUUUAUGAUUCUUCAAUUUAUUAUAUUCGAGUUUUGAGUUAUGCGCAGAUUUUCAUUGCUGGAAUACUUCUUGUAACUGAUGUUUCCAAAAUUGUUCUUCUUUGGAAUUAUGUUCAACUUAGUGCCACUAAAAUGGAGAUGGUAAUUGUUUUAUUUUAAAUACACUUUCAGAAACAACUUUUUGAUUUAUUUUCAGCUUGCUCAAAUAAUAUUUCCACUUUUCUCUCUUAUAAUUGGUUUCACAUGUCUUACUUCAGUUUUAAAUCCAUCGAAAACUUUCACUAAAUUUGUAUCAAUUCUUCUUCUAAUUAUUAUUGUGCCAAAUUUCGUGUUCCCAAAAUAUUCAAUUUUUAUGACAAAUGCGAUUGAAAGUGUUGAAAUAAGUCAAAUUAUGGAUCGAAAUUCAAUGGUGAAAGGAAUGGAUCAAAAAAUGUCCAAAAUUUUGCAGUUUUCAACGGCGAGGUGGCCACUAGGAGUUACUGUAAGUCAAAUAUUUUGUUGAAAUCAUGAGAACUUGUUAGUUUCAGGAUUUAUCAAGUCUACCUCAGGAUUUUGUCUUAAUGAUGCAAUACAUGUUAAUCGCAUAUUCAAUUUUCUCCUUAUCACUUUUCAUUUUCUACAUAAUCACUUUAUUUUGUUUUGUCAGAUUUUACACGGUUCAAUGA